AUGCACCGGGGCACUGGCCUCAUCCUGCUCUUCUACCUGGUCUUCUACCUGUUUCUGGCCGGCAUGUUCGCUCUCACCAUGUACAUCAUGCUGCUGACGCUCGACGACUACAAGCCCACCUGGCAGGACCGCCUGGCCACUCCAGGGAUGAUGAUUCGUCCAAAAGGCGACCAGCUGGAGAUCACCUUCUCAGUCUCCGACACUGAGAGCUGGGACGGCCUCGUCCACAACCUCAACUCCUUCCUGUCUCCCUACAACGACAGCUAUCAGGUUCAGACCAAUGAUAACUGUCCUCCUGAUCAAUACUUCAUCCAGGAGGACAGCGGAGAGGUAAGGAACAACCCCAAGCGUUCCUGUCAAUUCAAUCGGACGAUGUUGGAGGAUUGUUCUGGGAUGUCAGACCGUUUCUAUGGUUACAACAGAGGUCAGCCCUGCAUCCUCAUCAAACUUAAUCGGGUAAUCGGGAUGUUACCAGGGAAGGAUGGUCAAUCUCCAUACGUCACCUGUGGAGCCAAGAGGGAAGACAGCGAUAAGAUUGGACCUCUGGCUUAUUAUCCUCCAAACGGAACCUUCAACCUCAUGUAUUACCCGUAUUACGGCAAGAAAGCUCAGGUGAACUACACUCAGCCGCUGGUGGCCGUGAAGUUCCUGAACGCCUCCAUGAACACAGACAUCAACAUUGAGUGUAAAGUCACCUCCAACACUCUCGCCGACGGCAGCGAGAGGGAUAAGUUUGCCGGUCGGGUUUCCUUCAAACUACGAAUCAACGACAAAUAGACACACCUGUCUGCACACCUGUCUCAGGUUAAAGCUGCACUCUUCCAGAUGUUUCCUCAGUCGCCCUGUUACAGCCUCACAAUGACCAGCUGUGUUUCUAUGUUUACGUAGUUUUUCUCCGGCUUCAUGAUGCCGUCACUGACCGGCUUCAUGAUGCCUUCACUGACUGUUAUUUAUCAGUGUUUGUUUUACAGUUGGAUGGUCCCGGUAGUCGUGUUAAAACUACUUUUGUUUUUUAUUUGAAAUAUUUCUCCUGAUAUCGUCAGUGCAGCUUUAACUCAAACAAAGCAACCAAUCAGCACGCACACAUGCUCUGAUGUCACUGCCAUUGAGGACACGCAGCGGUCUUCACCUGCAUCGUCGAUCGAUCUGCAUGAAUCACAUAUUAUUAAUCACACCAGUCUGUUUAUUUAUUCAAUAUUUAUUUAUUUUUGUCGUCUUUAUUUAUGCAGUUAUUUAUGUCGAUUUUUAUUUGUUCAUGAUGUCAAAAUUGUUACAUAUCAAGACAUAAACACUUCAGAAGCUACAAGCCACAGAAACUGGUCUGUGUCUUCGGCCACAUCAAACCGGUCUCCUGAUUUGUUGCCAUGGAAGCACCUCAAUCCACAGCCAAUCAGACUCGAGCUUUUCUAACCAUGGCAACAGCAUACCUCCUGUACUUUCUGCUUUGCUGAUUGGCCCAUUAGUAAAUUAGAUGAUUAGUGAAUACCUUGCAGACAGUGCGAUUAGAUAACGAGUUAACGGUUAGGAAGUUGUUAGUUGUGAUGUUUUUUUUUUUUGUUCGCUGUUGAUUUGUUUACAUGUUUGUUUUUGUUUACGAAUGUCACCAUGGGGAUGAGCAUGACAACAACACACACACACUGUCUCCUCGACUGUCAAUCACCUUGUCGUGCCACGUGAAAAUGCCCUUCCCACCUGUACUGCUUUCCACCAAUCGUCUUCCUUUGAAGAGUGGCCAGCCAAUAAGAUGGUCCUGCUGUAUGAUGUCAUAUGCUGUUACUUGUUUCUGACUGGUUGAUUUCUCCUGCCUGAAAAUGUCCUUGUGUUCAACUAACGAUAAAAAACAAAGAAAUAAACAAAAUAAAACCAA